CUUUCAUACGACGUCGUUAGGAUAUGAGAUUUUCUCCAUCCGAGUUGGGAGCAUUUACGUGAGAUAACAUAUGUCCACGUGUCCCGUAUCUUCUCCCUUGGACAAUCGUCCGCUCUAAUGGCGCCCGUAACUCUCUUUGUGACGGCGACGAAGCUCGCCGGAGUUUUAGCCACCAUUACCGUAGCCGCCAACGCCUUCUCCUUCUCCCGUUAUCGGAAAAGAAAUCUCGCCCCCUUUGACUGUCCUAUUGAUGAAACCUCCGACACUCUCGCUACCUUCAACAUCAAUUCCUCCGAUUCAGACGACGAAGAGGAGGAACAUUUCUUUUUCGGGUUGGCAACAGCACCAGCUCAUGUUGAAGACGGGCUUAAUGAUGCUUGGCUUCAGUUUGCACAAGAUGAGGCUGUCAAUGAACAAGAUGAGAUGAAAACAGCAGAUGCAGCAAUGGCUUCUGCAACCGGUGAUGGUGGAUCUCAGCAAGCUCCUGCUCCUGCUCCUUUAAAGAGGAAGAAGUCUCUUAAGGUAGCCAUGGAAGCGAAAGUUAGAGGACUUGUGAAAUAUAUUGAAGAGGAUGAAUCCACAUCAACCAAAGAAGAAGAAGCGCAGCAAAAUGUUGCUGCAUGGCACAAUGUGCCAAACCCGGAGGAAAGGCUAAGGUUUUGGUCUGAUCCUGAUACGGAAUUAAAGUUGGCUAAAGAUACUGGUGUUAAGGUGUUCCGUAUGGGAAUAGAUUGGACUAGGAUCAUGCCAAUAGAGCCCCUCAAUGGCCUUAAAGAAUCAGUUAAUUAUGCAGCAUUGGAGAGAUAUCGAUGGAUCAUCAAUAGAGUUCAAUCUUAUGGUAUGAAGGUUAUGCUGACUUUGUUCCACCAUUCACUGCCGCCAUGGGCCGGGGAUUAUGGAGGAUGGAAAUCAGAAAAAACAGUAGACUAUUUUAUGGACUUUACUAGGCUGGUUGUUGACCAAGUAUUUGAGCUCGUGGACUAUUGGGUAACGUUUAACGAGCCUCAUGUGUUCUGUAUGCUGACUUACUGUGCUGGUACUUGGCCGGGUGGUCAUCCUGACAUGUUGGAGGCUGCUACUUCUGCGCUACCAACUGGUGUUUUUCACCAGGCUAUGCACUGGAUCGCUGUUGCUCACUCUCAGGCCUAUGAUUACAUCCAUGAACAAAGUGUAUUGUUAAAACCAAUUGUGGGAGUUGCACACCAUGUCUCUUUUAUGCGUCCAUAUGGCCUCUUCGACGUUGCUGCUGUUUCCAUAGCUAAUUCUUUGAGUCUCUUCCCAUUUUUGGACGAUAUAUCUGAUAAAAUGGACUAUAUAGGAAUAAAUUACUACGGCCAGGAAGUGAUCGGUGGUGCUGCACUAAAAUUAGUUGACACUGACGAAUAUAGUGAAUCGGGACGUGGAGUAUAUCCAGAUGGCUUGUUUCGAGUUCUGUUGCAUUACCAUGAAAGAUACAAAGAUCUCAAAAUUCCCUUUAUUAUUGCUGAAAAUGGUAUCUCUGAUGAGACAGAUUUGAUACGGAGACCGUACAUUUUAGAACAUUUACUUGCAGUUUAUGGAGCCAUGAUGAUGGGUGUUCGAGUCCUUGGGUACUUGUUCUGGACCACUUCCGACAACUGGGAAUGGGCCGAUGGCUAUGGUCCUAAAUUUGGGCUCGUGGCGGUUGAUCGGUUCAAUGAUCUUGCACGGGUCCCACGUCCCUCGUACCAUCUGUACUCCAAGGUGGUGACUACCGGUAAAAUUACUCGGGAAGACCGAGACAAAGCAUGGUACGAACUCCGGAAAGCAGCUAGAGAGAAGAAAACAAGACCGUUCUAUCGUAAAGUAAACAAACACGGGUUCAUGUACGCAGGAGGUCUGGACGAACCCAUAAUGCGACCGUUUAUUGAACGGGAUUGGCGAUUUGGACACUAUGAAAUGGAAGGAUUACAAGACCCGUUUAGCCGAUUUUCAAGAUCCAUCCUUCGGCUUCUUCCCCUAAGGAGGAAGAAAGCCGAAGAUCAAGUGGAGUACGAUGAAGUCGCCGUUCAGGCGGUUUAGUUUCGAGAUUAUGGUAAUCUGUGUUAUGUAAAUGGACUGGAGGUCCAUCUAAUUGUACUAUAAGAUCGAUCUGUGAACUUCAAGAUUUGCUGAUUCAACUUUUUACUUUUUGUAAUAAAUCUUCUUAUGAUGUUAAAAUUCAGGAACUGGAAAUUACAAAUUCACAAUUAUAACAACUAUUGAGGUC